GUUGUGCUUGAGAUAGAGACUUACGCCAAUUCGUGCAUGCAUGCCUCAACUCGUUGAAGGGAGUAUGGAGGUGGUCUUGGACCUUGUGGGCCAAGAGCAGGCGCGCUUGUUCCACCUCGCAGACCAGCAUCGCACUGCCAUGAAGGAGACCAUGCGCUCCAGCUACGUGCGGAUACAGCAGAGCCUUCACAAUCUUCAAAAGGGAACCGGUGAGUUUCACUCACGUUCAAGUUCUCGAUCAAAAUUCCAGCCAUCCUUGGCAGCUAUCCCCAGCCCAGCGCAACCGUUCGAGGUGUCUGGAGAGGCGAACCACUUUGAGUCACACCCAGCGUUCCGAUCGAAACCAGCUUCCCCGUCCGCUCCAGCCUCCCCAACUACGGGACCGUUCGGGAGGCUCUCGAUAACUUCAAGAACCUCGAGGCAGACAGCUUCAGAUCCAGCUUCGCCCAUCACCAACAGUGGUAGCGAUAUUGGCUCUGAGGACGAAGGGCAUGUGCCCAACUUCAUUGACCAGCUCGCGAGUGGUGAAUGGCCUGGCAAAGACACUGCGGACGCCAAUGCUGAGAGCGAGGCUGAUGCCAAUGACAACAGCAACUGCGUCAGUGAAGCUCCUGUGGCAGGCGCCCCAACUCUGAAACAUACCGCUUUCGACAAGUUUCUGACCAAAACUCAGCAGUUCGAGGACUUCAUGGACUGGAGACAAAGGAUCCAAACCUACAUGGAUUACUUGGCUGGCGCACUCGUCCUGCUGAACUCGGUUUUCAUGAUGCUGGAGCUGGAGUUGCAGGGCUAUGCCAAUGGAAGUCUGUUUGGCCAUGACGGAGGUCCGGAUGCCAAAAGUGUGGAGGAAUGGUUUGAAACAUUGGACUCAAUCUUCGUCUUCUUGUUCCUUGCCGAGUGGAUUGCCCGUGUCGGCAUCGAACAGUGGCGGUUCGUGAAGGAUUUUGCCAACUGGUUCGACUCCUUUCUGGUGUUUGUUGGUGUGACUGACUUCCUCAUGCGAGUUCUUGCUCAAGACGGCGGAGGAGCAUCCCGAAGUAUUGUGGUCCUGCGGCUCAUGCGUGCCCUGAAGUCGUUGCGCGCAAUCCGGAUGGUGCGAAGCUUGCGUUUUUUCCAAGGGCUUCGAGUUCUGGUGAGGGCUUGCCAAUGCUUCUUGCCAUCACUUUGCUGGGCCAUGGUUCUGCUGGGCAUUUUCAUGGCCAUGGGGGCGCUCCUGAUGGGCAAUAUGCUGCUGGACUUUGUGAAGGACACGUCGCAGGAGUUGACAGACCGUGAAUGGAUUUGGUGGAGGUAUGGCACUGCCUUCCGAGCCAUGUACACGCUGUUUGAAAUUACAUUUGCAGGCAAUUGGCCUACAAAUGCCCGGCCAGUUCUAGAGAAGGUUAGCGGCUACUUUGUGCUCUUCUUUGUGCCAUACAUUGCUGUGGUGGUCUUCGCCAUCAUCCGAGUCAUAAGCGCAAUAUUUUUGAAGGAUACCCUGGACGCGGCUGCAAAUGAUGCAGAACAGCUUGUUGGGGACCGCUUGCGAUUGAAGGCAGAGUAUGUCAAGAAGCUCGAAGGCAUAUUCCGGGCAAUUGAUGAGACUGGAAACGGCAUCAUUUCUGAAGAGCGGCUUUCGUCGAUUCUCUCAAAUCCCAAAGUCGCCGCGUACUUCCAGACUUUGGAUUUGGAUGUGCAUGAAAGCGCAGCCCUCUUUCAUCUCUUGGACAAUGGGGAUGGAGAGGUCACCUUGGACGAGUUUAUUGACGGGAUUAUGCGCUGCAAAGGGCACGCCCGCGCGAUCGAUCAAGUCGCUAUGCAUGUUGAGCUGAAGCAGCUUGAUGUGAAAGUAACCAAGCUUCUUAAGAAGGUGCUCAAAGCCACCAAGGCCCCACGCAAGGAAAGCAGCGAGGUCAAGGAAAGGAAUGCGUGCCGGCAGUGCACAGCACUGAAAGUCUUCCGAACUGCAUACAGCCACGCCACGAGCGAAGUGGGCGCACCUUCGCACAACCCUUCAGUCAGCCGUACGGUCUCGAAGGAUCAUCAUUGAGCAGCAAGCUUCCGCAAUAUGUCACGUGUCUGUUUGGUAUCCCAAUAUCCUGGGGCCAAGCAGCCAGCCCUGCCUGAUUGCAAUUGGCAC